AUUGCGUUCAGCAACAAACCGAGCACUGAGCAUUUCCAAACUCACCUUCUCCGGUAUGAAGCUCUUCUUGACUACCGCCUUGGUUGCUGCGUCCAUCGCCGCCGAAGGGCUGAAGAUGACUGGCGUCUUGUAUCAAAAGUACGAGAACAACUUACUGCCCUUGGUCCUAGCGUCGUCCUCGAGCAACAACCUCCCGCUGUCGUAUGCUCCAGGCGUGACCUCGGCACCGACACCUGCCCCGUCAAAGACCACUGUGGCUCCAGUCCCACCCACUUCGUCCGAAUCUCAAGCCACGACCGUCCCUUCCACAACCUCUACCGCUAAUGCGCCCACGACCGCCACACCCUCGUCCACAGCUACUCCUUCGUCCAACAAAGUCGAGGGUGGCGUCGCGCCGAAGAAGCAACCGGUGGAUUUGUUCACGAUCUUGCGUCAACAAGCCCAAGCAGUACAGGACAACAACGCCCAAACAGGACCGGACAACACACUCAACAACUACGCCGCAGCCGACACCAUUAACGUCAUCGAGGACAACGCGCGUCCGUCCAUGGGUGGCGGCCGCCUCCUCACUCAGGAGGAUGUCACCGUGGGUCUGCUCAUGUGCAACGCCAAGGCGAACAGCAUCGUGUCGUACAAGUCCGAAACGGCGGCGGACUCGGCGUCGAGCACCACCGAGAGCGGCUCCAAGGUGGCCGACGUCCAAGGCAAAUGCUACGACUCCACGGUCACGGUGGCAACGGUGUCCGUGACGGCGGGGUGCAACGCCCAGAACGCCGGCCCCGGCGGCUGCGACGAUGUCUUGCUACCCGGCUGCGGCGGGUUGAGCGUGAACCCCCUGACCAAGCAGGUGUACGUUGCGCGUACCGGCGGUCGCACCAUCGGUCAGAUCAACUACAUCGGCCAGGACGGCGGCGACUGCGACGGCCGCGUGCUGGACUGGCUCAUCCGGUACCGCGGCCGCAAGUUCAACGGCCCCACGGACAUCACGUUUACCCGUAACGGCAACCUCUUCUUCACCGACAGUCCGUUCGCGCUGGCGUCGUCGGUGGACGAGCUCUUUUCAACCAACCUCACGGUUCUCGACUCCAAGCGCGACCUGCCCUUCAACGGCGUCUUCCUCCGCACCGACACCACCACGGAGCUGCUCGACGCGGCGCUCACCCGACCCCGCGGCCUCGCAUUCUCCCCGGACGAAGACAUCUUGUACGUCACCAACGCCGACGCUGCCCAGCCCUACGUCAAAGCGUACAAGCUGCUGCCCAACGGGACCCGGGACUGCGCCCGCCGGUUCUUCGACUUUGCCAACAACACGUACAACGUCCGCGGGACUUCGACCUUGGCGGAUGUCGCGUGUCGGCGCCCGUACCCGACGUCCGUCAAGGUCGACGCCGAGGGAUUUGUGUAUGUGGCCAUGUGCAACAACAUCUUCGUGUUCGACUCGGCAGGCACGCUGCUCGGGCGGCUCGAAGCCACGGCGGAGAUCCACACCAUCGCAUUUGGCAACGGAUUCAUCUACGUGUCGGCGCAGGCCACCGUGUUUGCGCUCCCGGUGGACGCCGCGUUUGCAAACUCGCAGCCGCCGGUCCCCGGUGCCCAGCAGUCGUGCGCCGCUGCCACGUCAUCGUUGUCUGCUCCUCAGUCGCAGACGCAGGGGACGUCUUCGUCGAGCGUGGUCGGAGGGGCGUUCGCCGCCGCGGCCGUCGUCGCCGUCGCGCUCUUCGCAUCCAAGAAGAAGACGCAACCAGCUCCGGGCAACGGAUUUGAAGCCAUGGCCUUGACCCCGCCCACCGCUAACAUCAAGCACCACCCCUUCUAAACACUUUUUAUAUACCUGAUGGAGUAUUGGAAAUUUGGACUCCUUUUGGAUGCAUGGUUGUUUGUGAUUGGCUGUUAAGAUAUAUGGGUUGAUUUUUGAUUGGCUGAAUAACAUGAUGCACAAAUGGGAUUCGAAGACGAAGCCAAAUAAAUGGACUUACUAUACAACACCGAUCG